AUGAUUUAUACCGGCGAGCCGUUUCCAAAACCUCCACUCCAGAAAUCCAUUUUUGAGGUUUGCCUAGCUCACGAGGUUUCGAUUGAGCACAAGCCUGCCUUCGUGGAUGCAGGGAUUGCCAAGGCGCUGACUCGCUCGCAGUUAAGAGCUGAUGCACUGCGGAUAGCCUAUGGUAUUCGGCACCUAUCUCAGCUAGGUCUCGGCGAAAGCUUGCGAAGGGGCGACAAAAUCAUGUUGUUUUCCCAGAACAGCAUACCUUACAUUCUCAUCUGGUUUGGAGCUCUGGCUGCGGGAACCCCUAUCGCCCCUUCGAACGCAGCGCUAACGCCCAAUGAAAUUGCACACCAGCUUAAGCUCACUGAGCCUCGAUUGUACGCUGUACACCCAAACCUUUUGGACGUGCUGCUCGUAGCCCUCAAGACGAUCGGGAUAAGCGAGGAAGUAUGGCGUAAGCGUGUUGUGCUGCUGUGCGAAGAUAGUGCAGUGCCUGCCAAACUUCGCCAACAAAAAUUGAAGACGAUCUCGAGUUUUUCCGAUCAUGGGAACUCAUUUGAACCGGAGAAGUUUGAAGGUCCAGAUUCGAAGGAGCUGGCCAUGGUUUUCUACAGCUCUGGUACCACUUCCUUGCCAAAAGCAGUUGAAAUAUCACACAAAAACCUCAGCUACCUUGUGGCUUGCGUUGACCUCAACUUCGCCUUAGAGCGAGACGAUAUAGUCCUUUCCUUCCUCCCGUAUUUCCAUAUUGCCGGGACGGCGAUCGUUUUCCUCACCUCCUUGUUUGGUGGACGCACAUGCAUAUUCUCAACAUGGUCGGGAUUGAACAAUCUCCUUCAUGAUGUCCAAAAGUAUAGAGCCAAUGCCUUGCUCUGUGUUCCUCCCCAAAUUGCCGCAUUGGGAGCCGAUCCAUGCAUAACUCAUUAUGACCUUCGCUCACUCAAAUUCUUGGCCACGGGGGGUGCACCUAUUAGUGGUUGGCUGAUGCACAGAUGCCACGAUCGCCUGAAACGAAUCGCGCACCCUGACUUCCGCCUAAAACAGAUCUAUGGAUUGAGCGAGACAACCGGCUUCGGGCUCAGUUGGCCGCGGGACUAUAGGGGCACCGACAAAUUUGCCUCAGUUGGGAGACCUACAUACGAGAUUGAAGCUCGUGUGGUGAAUGAGGAUGGCAAGGAUGUGCCACAAGGUCAUUCGGGUGAAAUCUGGCUGUCUGGACCGCUUGUAAUGAGGGGUUACUUUGGGAAUCCGAAUGCUACGCGUGACACCAUGGAUGGAAGAUGGUUCAAGACUGGAGACAUUGCCUUUGUUGAUAAAGAUGGCUACUUCCACAUUGUGGAUCGACAGAAGGAACUCAUCAAGUAUCAAGGAUAUCAAGUACCUCCCGCCGAGAUUGAAGCCACUCUCGGGAGUCACCCACAGAUCGCGGAUGCAGGGGUCAUCGGAGUUAUGUCAGCGGACGGUUCAACUGAGCUUCCAAGGGCGUACGUCAAGCCGAAUGAUCCUUCCUUGCUCAAAGAUCCAAAGUUCCCAACAUCCAUCCAGAAAUGGAUCAAAGGCAAAGUGGCUUAUUACAAGGAACUUCGGGGAGGUGUAAUAGUUGUCGACAAUAUACCGCGGACGGCGGCUGGAAAGAUCCUUCGUCGAGAUCUUCGUGAGCUUGCGAAGAGGGCGGCGUCGGCUGAGUCAGACAAGUCAAAGCUGUAA